AUGAACGAUAUCAACUCACCUCUACCUCAAGUCAAUAACGAUGACAUGAUACCGAAUGUACCUAAACCAGUGAUAUUCAAAUGUGCUCAACCUAGAUCGCUAAGUAAACAGGGGGAAGUGAAAAUACAUUUACCGACUUUUGGGGUAGUAUUCGUCCAUCCAACACUAUAUUCAACUUCCAUCGAUAAUGACGAAUCGUCAACGAUAAAUCAAGAUCAAAAUCGGAAUUCAACUUUAAGUGGAUCAAUCGAAAUCACAUUAAGUGAAAGAUGUAGAAUUAAGAAAAUAGUAGUUGUUUUAUACGGUAUAACGAAAUUACAUAUGGGUGUUAAGAUAGGUUGGGAAGAGUUUGGUUUAUUUGAAAGAUCAGUUGAUAUCAUACCUCCUCAAUCACAACAUAUAAAUGAUGAUGAUAAUGGGUUUUGGUUGGAAAAAGGUAUACAAUCAUUCCCAUUCACAAUCAAGAUACCGUCAUCCAUAUCAAUUUCGGAAUGGGUAGAUUUCGGUUAUGUAUCAUAUAUGAUAUCUGCUCGUAUUCAAGGCAUGUCAGAUAAUGUUGAUAAAAGUAAACCACUUUCUUCAAUUUCGAAAUAUCUUUCACCAUUAUCAACGAUAUUGAGAUAUAAAAGUUGUUUAAAUCAAACUGUAUACAAUGUAAAAUCAUUCGAACGACUCAUUCCAAAAAUCGAUUCCUUUUCCGAAUCAAAUUUAUCACCUUCGCUCGAUCCUAUAGAACAGAGAGGGAAUAGUACUUCUACCGAAACAGAUAUGAGUAACCUCACACUUGGGGAAAGAGGAGAUACGUCUUCCAACAAUCACGAUCACAAUUGUGAUCAGGUGCAGUCUAUCAAUAAUGAAGCUUCUUCAUCAACGUCAGCAGCAGCACUUGAUUCAUCAGAAAAUCACCAACCGCCACCGUUGUAUCCUAUAUUUUCGAGAACAAGCCAAUCGUCUCUCACUACAACAACCAAAUCGACAUCUAAACCAAAUAAAAAACCUCAAGCAGAAACAUGGUUGAAAGGUGAUUUAUACGAUUCAAAAUCACUGGUCAUUCAUGUUAAUCCCACUUCAGAUGGUGAAUUGAAUCAACUAAACAUAAACAAAGACAUGUUCGUAGAUGGUCUAGGAUCUUUAUCAUAUAAUGUCAUGGCUGACGUAUUCACACUUGGUUGUAUCAUGUUAUUCUCAAUCAAAAUCCCAUCGCCUUCACCUUUAGUUACGAUAUUUUCGGCUCGACUACUUUUCAUCCAAUCUUACUCGAUGAUAUCACCUCUAAGACCAGAUAAACCUCCUCAUAAACCUGAAUCACCAAGGAAACACAUCUUAUACGAACUCGGUAACCCGUCUAAUCCAUUGUGGAAAGGACGGGAGGUGUUUGGUGGCAAUGGCUACGAUCAUGAUAAUGAUCAUCAUCACAAAGAAGGAUGGAAAGUAAAUGCUGUGGUCAGAAUGCCUCAUCAUGAUUUGAUAAGACCGUCCACCUAUGAUGGCACCAUUACACCCAUAACGGUGAAACAUGAAUUAGUAUGUCAGAUAACAUAUUCCGUCAAAGGACAGGAUGUGACAGGUAGAUCAAUUGACUCUGAAGAAGGAGAAUCGCGAACUUUGACUGUAAAAGUACCGAUUUUCAUACCGAGCUGCGGACUUACAACCAAUGCGAUUCAUCUACCAGCUUACGAUAAAGUCCAUUCAGAACAAGAUACAUCGGAAGAUAUCAAAAGAAAAUUGUCAUCUGAUUACAGAAAAUACGAUUGCAUGUGUGAGAGUAGUUUCGAAGAUCUAGGUAAAGAAGCUAUGAAAAGAAUGAGAUUCCCAGAAGACGGUGAUGAUGUCAAUACCGCGAGCACUGAUAGACAAGUGGGAGUGAAGGUGGGAGAGACCCUUCCAGCGAACAGAUGA